AUGGACGAAAAGGUCGUCUCCGCCUCGGCUCCUUCCCCAGCACCUUCAGCGUUCACCCCUUACCUCGACGCUCUCCACUCGAUACACCGUCCGAUCACCAACCCGAUCGCCAACACGUAUUCGAGGUUUGAGAAGUGGAAGGAGGGGUUCGGGUUGUACCAGCCCGGGACGGUCGAGAACUUGACGAGGGAGAUUAAGCAAACCCACCUCACCAACUUCCUCUUCGACGGAGCGCGAGCCGACCUGACAAAAGGUCUCUCCCUCUCCCCUGCUUUCCAGGUGACCCACUCGUUCAGCUUGGCCAGCGCCACCCAGCCUCCGAGUUACAACUUUGGAGCCGUUUUCGCGGACAACAACACUCUGCUCCAGGGUGGAGUUGAUCACACGGGGUCGGUCACGGCUAGGGCGAACCAGAGUUGGGGUCCGAAUGAUACGACCAAGAUGCAGGCUCAGCUCUCGGGUCAACCUGGUCACUCGAUGAUCCAGAUCGAGCACGACCACGCGGGUCCUCACUACUCGCUCAACCUGCGUACCAUCAACCCCUCUCCGACGGACCUCACCGGGAUCCACAUGGUCUCCCUCUUGCACUCCGUCUCUCCUCGUCUCGCCCUCGGUUUCGAGACCUUGAUCCAACACCCUCAACCCCAGAUCCUCGAGACCUCCACCAGCUACCUGGCCAAACUCACUUCCCUCCCCGCCCCCGGAUCCGCCGUGCCCGUCUCUUCCCCUACCUCCUUGGGUCUGAACUCGCUCAACCAGUGGAUCGCCACCCUCCAGCUCCAACCUCAGGGGAUUAUCCAGUCGACGUAUUACCAGAAACUCUCACCUUCCGUGGACGUCGGUCUGGACCUCCAGAUCUUGAACACCCCGGCUAGUCCGAUGGGACCGGGCAAGAGGGAGGCGACGGCGACGUUGGGAGCCAAGUACGAGUUUAGGAUGGCCACUUUCAGGGGUCAGGUGGAUAGUCAAGGAAAGGUCGGGAUGUUGUUGGAACAGAGGUUCACCCCGGCGUUCGCCUUCCUUGUCGGUGGGGAGAUUGAUCAUCUGAAGGGAACUUCCAAGAUUGGAAUGGGAGUCAUGAUCGAGUCGUCCUCGAUGACGCCCGAGGAGAUGCAAGCUCAGGCUCAGGCUGCCGGGAUGGCGCCUAUGUAA